UGACGAGACUGGGCUCGUCGUUAGCUCUUGCAAGCACUGCGUUGUACCAUACGCAAUCAACAUGUUUAAAGGUGAAUCGUGGACCCAUACUGCAUUUAUGCACAACGAAGCCAUGAAAAGUAACGCCAAAUUCUUCUGCUACGACGUGGUAUGCCAAUACUGGAAAUGGAUGAAAACAAAAGUGGCUCGUCAUUUUCCUGAAUACCGUAAUCUAACAAGUGAAAUGACAGGAAUCUUGCCUAUCAUGCAUAAGAAUGCACAUAAAUUGCCAUGCAAGGCAUUAUAUCAAUAAAUUAUGAAGCAAAGUCUUCUCUCAAGCUUGAAAUAUAUAUGUACAAAACAGAUUUUAUGGAAUCCCCGCUGGACAACUGGAAUGGGCUUAACUGGAGGAGAAGAGCACGAGCAAGUUUUCUCCAAAUUGUAUCUAUAUGCUUAUGUGCUAAAGCAUAUGGCCAAACAUAACAGAAACGAUUUUUUAACAUUAGCUAUUCUUUAUUGGAACUGGGGUAAAAUUGAAAAUAUGCAUUUCCUUCUACGCAAAAAGCUAGAAAAAGCAAGAAAGGAAAUCAAACAAGGCACUCCAAAACUCGAGAAAUUGUUGGAAACCCAUAACCUCGUAUAUAAUGAUCUUCCACUGAUUCACAAGGAGCUGGAGACAAAAGCUAAGGCAAUUCUUGACCAAAGAAAAACCAAAAAGACUACAGUUGAUACACUGAGAAGAAUGCUGGAGGGCUUACAUGCUCAUUUAAAGACUACUUCCAUUUCUAUCUCUAAAGAAGCAGAAAAUUCGAAGAGUCGCACUAAAUUAAGGCGGGUUUUGACGGAAACUAAACGAAAGGCUUUGGAAACGAUUGAAUUAAUUAAUUCUAAGGAUACAACGCUUCCAAUUUCUUACGAGGAUUUCAAUGAAGGUGUCUUUCCUUGGGAAACAGUUCUGGAUCGGGAUGACACGCACUUUCCCACACUUUUCCUUGCCGACAAAUAUAAUAUUGUUGAUUGUUGGAUGCUAUUGAAAAGAGCAAGGGAGGAAAUUACAUUGAGUAAGAAUGAAAUGAUAAACUACAUGCGAUUCCUCAUUGAUAAACGGUCAUCACUACAACAACCAAGUCAAAAACAUACCGGAGAAGACGAGAAAUUUGCGAAAGGGAAAUCCGUCAUGAAAGUUUCUGAAGUUCAUCAUCUUAAUUUAAAAAUUCAAAUGGCUCUAACAACAUUUAAUUUAAAGUGCAACCAGGAUUUUUCAGAUUUCGUAUGUGAAACACAAACAAAUCAUUCUGAACCAGAAUUUGAGUUUGACACAUCUGAUGAAGACAAUUACGAUUCUCUCUCAGAAUCCGAAUAUUCUGAUGAAGAAACAGAAAGCUCAUCUAGCUAUUCGGAAGAUGAUGAAUCUGCAAUAUAA